AUGAAUGGGCAUACGGUUUUCCGCGUGGCUGUGCUGACGUGGCAAAAGGUUGCCGAAGGCCAAUUCGUGGGUGCCGGAAGCCGGAACGGCGGCCGGGAGGCGCUCGGGCUGAGCGGUGGGCGUGGCGCGGGCGACGCCGGGAGCAGCCGGAGAGGAGGUUGCGGACGGGCGCAGGGAGGAGCCGCUUGUGGCGGUGGAGCCAAGCGCGAAGGAGCGGCUCUGCGGACUGCAGUGCUGGGAGAACCGAGGGCAGAGGUGCCGGGGAGCGGCGCCGGCGGAGGGACGUGCGGUGGCAGCGCGGUCAGCGAGGCAGUGCCGGGAGCGGAGCCCGAGGACGGUGCGCAGCGACGAGGACGGUGCGGGGGACGAGACACUGUCUGA